AUGACUGGUGCCCUAUGUGCAGCUUACUGUGCAAAUAAAGGCUUCAUCUACGCAGGCACAGAAUACGCCGACGAGUGCUAUUGCGGUAAUAAGCUCUCGGCACCAACUUCACUUCAAAAUGAUACCCAGUGCAGCAUGAGCUGUGCCGGGAAUUCUACAGAAGCUUGUGGAGGUAAGAUUCCAGCUCAAAAGCCAAUGAUGAGAAGUGCUGACGUGCUUUCCACAGGUCCCAACUACUUGACAGUGUACUUUGCAAACAAAGAUGCGCCCAAAGGUCCUUCCAUCAACCCUGGUCCCUCAAAUUGGACCAGCUAUGGUUGCUGGACUGAUGGCAACACCAGGACGCUCCGGAAGGUAAUGCAGAUGCCCGGCGGCUUCAGUAAUGGCACUGUUGCUGGCUGUACAUCCGUCUGCGGGGCUGGUGGCUAUACACUUGCUGGUUUCAAUGGAUGGUACGACCAGGGCUGCUACACGGAUAGUGUCAACGCAAGAACACUUCGAUAUGGCCAGGCAGUGCCGGGAGGUCCACAGAAUAUGACUGUGGAGAACUGUGUCGCGAGCUGCAAAAAGGCUGGGUACACUAUUGCUGGUGUCGAGUAUUCUGGAGAAUGCUUUUGCGAUAAUACCGUGUCCAACGGUGGCGGACCGGCGCCUGAUGGCUCUGCUCAGUGUAAUAUGCAGUGUUCUGGCAACCAGGACGAAACAUGCGGUGGACCAAAUCGUUUGAAUGUGUACGCAUUCAAUAGCAAGGGACUGCCAACGGCCACGAGAACCAGCACCACUGCUUCGGCGACCGCAACAACAUCUAGCGGCGGAGAUGACACUCCAACUCAAACCACUCCCACGGCGAAGCCGACCUCAGGAGUCAAUGCGACUGCGAUUCUGCCGUUCAAGUACCAAGGCUGCUACACAGACAACAUGCAAGCUGGCCGCGCACUCAUCAAUCAACGACCCGACAACCAGUCGAUGACGGUCGAGUCCUGCAUUGCCGCAUGCUCAUCCCAAGGCUACGCUAUUGCUGGUAUGGAGUACUCGGCGCAAUGCUUCUGCGACAACUACUUGCGCAACUCACCUACGCUCCGCGAUGACACUGAAUGCAACAUGGCAUGUGCUGGGAACGGCGGCCAAAAGUGUGGAGAUGGCGGCAGGCUUUCGGUCUAUUCGAAUGGUACUUUGGCCAAUUACACCUCGCCUGGAUUCCUAACAGAUAACCUGCCCAGGAAUUGGAGCUUCGCAGGCUGCUUGGAAGACAAUGUCAAUAAUCAGCGAUCACUGCCGUACCAGAUGGAGUUCCCCAAGGAUAACUCCAAUGUCAAGUGCAUGAAGCUCUGUCAGGAGUUUGGCUAUACUGCAGCAGGAACCGAGUAUGGCGAGCAAUGCUUCUGCGGUGAUCCUCAAAACUACAUUGAUGCAGGCGCCAGGAUGAUAGCCAACUCUUCUUGCAACAUGCGAUGCGCCAAUGACACAGCUGGUAGCAAUGGCGGCGAACUUUGCGGUGGUGGCAACGCCAUCUCGCUAUACACAUGGACUGCCAAUCCACCAAAUCAAUGGACCAUCGCGACCGGAAACGCUGCUGGAGCGUACGAGUUCUUGAUCGGUGGCGUGACGAUUCCAUUGGUGACAGCUCCAGCUCGAAAUGGCAAAGUCACAUUCGUCGAGAAGUUUGGCACGAGCACCAAUGCCAGCAGUACUGGUGCAUAUGAGCUGGAUCUCGCAUUCAUCAAUGACUUCAGCAAGGCUUGGCGCGAGAUGCACGUCAAGACUGAUGUAUUCUGCUCGGCAAGUCUGACCUUGCCAGACCGGGCGGGACGACAGAUCAACAUCGGUGGCUGGUCACAUCCCUCCACGGAAGGCGUUCGUCUCUACUGGCCCGAUGGAAGUCCUGGUGUUCCUGGAAAGAAUGACUGGGAAGAGAACUUCGAAGAAAUCGCGCUUCUCGCAGGGCGAUGGUAUCCUUCUGCGAUGAUUAUGUCCAAUGGUUCGGUACUUGUCAUGGGAGGCGAAGAAGGUUCGAAUGGUGCGCCAGUCCCAUCACUCGAGCUCCUCCCAGCGACGGGAAACCUCCAGGAAUGCGACUAUCUCCGCCGCACCGAUCCAAACAAUCUUUACCCUUUCCUGAUCAAUCUGCCAUCGGGCAACAUCUUCGUCGGAUACUACAACGAGGCCCUGCUCCUCGAUCCCGUGUCUUUGCAGCCGGUCAAACAACUUCCAAACAUGCCUGGGUCCGUCAACAGACCCGACUCGGGACGCACAUAUCCAUUCGAAGGCACAGCAGUUGUGAUGCCUCAACACGCUCCUUUCUCAGAUCCUCUCGAAGUGCUGAUCUGUGGUGGCUCCAAUCCCGGUGUCGCCGUUGCGCUCGACAACUGCAUUACUAUUACACCAGAUGUCCCCGGCGCGAACUGGACCAUCGAACGAAUGCCUUCCAAGCGGGUACUCACCAUGAUGACCGCAUUACCAGACGGCACAUUCCUCAUCAGUGGCGGUGCACACCAAGGCACCGCGGGUUUCGGGUUAGCAACAGACCCGAAUCUGAACGCCGUGCUGUACGAUCCUUCCAAGCCAGUUGGCAAGCGCAUGACUGUCAUGGCGAAUACCACAGUAGCACGACUCUACCACUCCGAAGCCGUCCUCCUCGACGACGGUCGGGUAUUAAUCUCAGGCUCUGACCCCGAAGACAACGCCAAUCCACAAGAAUACCGCAACGAGGUCUUCAUCCCCCCCUACUUAAUGGGCAACCCAUCCCGACCCGAGUUCAAUACCACAGAUCUAGACUGGUCGUAUGGCUCAUCGCAUACGUUAAGCAUUCUCCAGCCCGGUGCUGGAGGAAAUUUCAAGGUUUCCCUCAUGGGCGCCGUGGCUUCGACUCACGGGAACAGCAUGGGUCAGAGAACAUAUUUCCUUUCUGCUUCUUGCUCUGGAAGCUCUUGCACUGUUACUGCGCCUCCUGAUGGCAAUACGUGUCCGCCGGGAUGGUUUCAGCUUUUCUUACUUGACGGCGCAGGCGUGCCUUCUCACGCCAUUUGGGUGCGUGUCGGCGGCGAUCCGGGACGUUUGGGCAAUUGGCCUGAUGCGAAGGGUUUCUCUUUGCCUGGUAUGGGCGCUGUUGAGCGGUUGUUUUAGAUCGAUGUCAUGUCCAUGAAUCUCUUUUUACUCG